UAAAAAUGAAGGUAAUUCUUAUUGCAUGCUUACUCCUUGCAAGCACUAUGGCUUGGAAAUCAUUCGCUCCUGGAGAGGGACCUUUCUCCCACCUUUCUGAGGAUGAAUUUGCUGCUAGAUAUUUGAUGCCAUUAGAAAAUGAUGCUUUGCAAACUCCUCCAACAUUCAAUGCUAAUGAGUUCAAAUCCAUCUUCGGAACUCAUGGAUUCAGUUGGAGAACUCAUGAUACCAUGAGCCACUGUGUUGGAAAAAUCAGAAACCAAGGAAAAUGUGGAUCAUGCUGGGCCCAUGCUAUUGCUGAGUUCUUGAGCGAUAGAUACUGCAUUCAGAGCCAAGGUGCUCUCAACACAACAUUUGCUCCCCAAUUCAUGGUCGACUGUGCUGGAUUAGACUAUGAAGCUGAAGGAUGUGAUGGUGCUGAGACUCAGACCAUGCUCUCAUGGGUUGAAAAAUACGGACUUGUCAACGAGACCUGUUACCCAUACUUUUCUGGUGAUACUCAAGAUAAAGGAACUUGCCACGAUACUACAUGUACUGAUGGAUCUCCCAGCAUCAACCACGGAGUUGAGGACGGAUCUGUAAAGUUGUUCUUCAACUAUACCAAUGUUGACCUCGCUCAUGAACUUAUGAAUAAUGGACCAUUGUAUUUCUCAAUGGUUGUCUUCGGAGACUUCAAGGAAUAUCAUGGAGGAGUUUAUCAUCCAAUUGACUACACAAUGAAGGGAACUCAUGCUAUUAAAUGCGUUGGAUGGGGAUACGACGAACCCUCUGCAUCAUUCUACUGGGAGUGCGCUAACUCAUGGACUGAAGAAUGGGGAGAAGAUGGUUUCUUCAGAAUCGGAUUCAAUGACUUCAUUGGAUAUAAAGCUGGAUCAGCUCGUAUGGGAACUUCAAAAGUACCCCACUUGUUCUCAAGCUAAUCAUUCCUGAUAUGUUCAACCCUAAGAUAACGAAUAGGGGUUUUGGGGUUUUGG